AGGUAGUUCUACCACAUUUAAAUUUAUUGCUGCGUUUGUAUUUUAUUUUAUUGUUUGACUUUAAGAUCGUUGUUUCAACAUAAUCUGAUAACUUUGUGUUCAACUUUAGAAGCAUUAGUAAAAAGAUUGUAAGGUUGUUUAUAAAAGUUGGCAGAGUAGAAGAGAGAUACAAGUAAAUUCAUCUUCAAGAAUGGGAUCAAGCUGUGCAUUUAACUGGGGAUUUGUGUUGACAUACGCGCUUCUUAUUUCCGUUUUCUGUUGUCAAAGCGUCUCAAGUCUUCGCUGUUACUCGUGCUUUGCAACUGGCGGCAAAAACAGAUGCGAAGACUACAACACGUAUAAGACCGCAAUGAGCAGCAAGGGAGACCCGGAAAUGAAGAAGAAUUGUACGGAUCCAUUUGAUAAAAUAUGCAUCAUAGAAACAUUUGCAGUUCUGGGAGCAACAGUAUCUCACAUUAGAGAUUGCAGUAAUGACGCACAUUUUUCCUUCUCGUCGAAUCUACAGAAUAUAAGGGGUGCAUACUAUCGUCUCUACAACCUUGACCCCACCAAGAACGAGACGGCAUGUGAAUGGGACGGUCAACACCUCGUAUGCCUCACGAAGUGUGUCGGUGACUUUUGUAACGGCCCGAUUCUGGAUGAAGUGAACAAAGCUUGAGCUGCGCAGGAGAUAACAUUGAUCACACUCAUGUCAUUUAUUUGCUUUGCAUUUUCGUGGCGUUAACUUGAUCCGUAUUUAAUGGAAUUGUAAAAAGUAUGCAUGGCUUAAACAUCAUUGUGAAUUAUCAAUUAGUAUCAAAAUAACAACCACUUCUGAAAUUGAUACAUCGGCUAAUAGUAUUUUUGACAAAUUUAUUAUUUCCACAUGUAUUUAACAUGCUAAGGGCACGUGAGAUUAAUAAGUAACGAAGAUUUUCGUUGGAUAUGCCGCAAAUUGAAAUCGUAAACGGAAAUUACACUAUUUGCUUUAAAAUAGCGCCCGCAGUGUCCACUUUGCCAUCCACAAUUUGUUUUCGUCGAAGAGCAGUUGUUGUAUUACGAUUGUUUUUGUAAAAUAGGUUAAUAGUACGAUAUGAAUGUUAAAAGCAUUUGGGGUGUUUUUAAUGAUCGACUUGUAUUGUUUGCCUUUUUUUGCUCUAUAUCUAUGUUUUGUAGAUUUAUUUGCUCAGCGGCAUAUGCUUCUGACCAUGAAAUGGCGCACAAAUCGUUUCCGUGUAUAAAAAAAGGCUAUUAGAUUGGUGGUAUUGGGCAAAUCACAUUAAGCGCAUUACUUAGUACACAUAUUACUUAUUCUUAAAACUACUCUUCUUUUCAAAUGAACUUGAAUGAGUGAAUGAGCGAAUUUUUUUCUCUUGUUUUGCUAUUUAAUUGAAAUGUGAUGCUAUGAUGUUAAUGUUUCCUAACAAUAUAAGGUUUGGUGAAUUACUCGGGGACAAUUCUGAGGUUAGAUGCUCUAUUGAAAUGGUUGAAACCCUCUAUGCUUUGCUGUAGCGAUUUAGAGGCUUUGACCUCAGUUGUAUAAAUGUAUGUGUCUGGUUGUUGCGUGUGUUCGCGUGUGUGUGUGCGUGAGCAAUGCUUUUGUUCCGCUGUAGACUGUUUGCCAUUUAGCCACUUAAUAUAGGAUUUCCGAUGUAUCUUAAGCUGUCUGCAACCGAUGUUUCAGUUCUCAGUUCGUUUAUAUUUGAUUACGUAGCUGUUAAAAGCUAUACGAAUAACAGUUCAUGUUGUGA